AUGCUAAUUGCAAUGGCUUCUUCAUCUCAGCUCAUCAAGACAUACGAUGUCUUUGUGAGCUUCCGUGGUGAAGACACACGCAACAACUUCGUUGGUUUUCUCUUUCAAGCUCUUCGAACAAAAAACAUCGAUGUCUUCAGAGAUGAUGAAGAUCUGAAGAAAGGCGAAUCCAUAGCACCAGAGCUCCUACAAGCCAUUCAAGGGUCUCGAAUUUUCAUUGCGGUCUUCUCAAAGAACUAUGCUUUCUCUACUUGGUGCUUGCGUGAACUAGCAGAGAUAUGUAAAUGCGUUGAAACGUCGCCAAGAUCCGUUCUGCCUAUAUUUUAUGAUGUUGAUCCUUCAGAUGUGCGAAAACAGAGUGGCUGUUAUGAGAAAGUAUUUGCUGAACACGAAGAAAGAUUCAGGGAAAGUAAAGAAAAGAUGGAGGAAGUGCAGAGAUGGAGAGAAGCUCUCACACAUGUGGCCAAUCUCUCUGGUUGGGAUAUUCGAAACAAGCAACAAUAUGCAGAAAUUGAACAAAUUGUUCAAUACAUACUAAAUAUACUGCGGCCCAAUCUAUUAAGUCUUCCAAAUGAUGAUCUAGUUGGGGUAGAGAAAUCCAUUGAAGAAUUAGCAAAUGUUUUAUGUUUGGAGUCAGUUGAUGAUGUUCGAGUUGUUGGAAUUAGUGGGAUGGGUGGCAUAGGAAAAACAACUAUUGCUCGGGCAUUAUAUGAAAGAAUCUCUCAUCAAUAUGACUCUAGUUGUUUUAUUGAUGAUGUAAGCAAAAUUUAUCGAGAUUCAAGUUCAUUAGGUUUACAGAAGCAGUUACUUUCCCAGUCUCUAAAGGAGAAAAAUCUGGAGAUUUGCAAUGCUUCGGACGGAACAUGUUUGGUGUGGACGAGGCUACACAAUGCAAAGGCACUUCUUGUUCUGGACAACGUUGAUCAAGUCGAACAACUAAGGAUGUUUACAGGAAAUAGAAACACUUUGUUGCGUGAAUGCUUAGGUGGAGGGAGCAGAAUCAUCAUAAUUUCCAGGGAUGAGCAUGUAUUGAGGACACAUGGAGUGGAUGAUGUUUAUCAAGUCCAGCCGUUGAAUCAUGAAAAUGCACUUCAGUUGUUUUGUAAAAAUGCUUUCAAUGUUAAUUAUAUUUUGAGCGAAUUUCAAAUGUUGGCAGGUAAAGUUCUAUCACAUGCUCAAGGCCAUCCCUUGGCAAUUAAAGUAAUUGGGUCAUCUUUGUUUGGUCGAAAUGUAUCACAGUGGAAAAGUGCAAUGGCUCGGCUGGAAGAGAAUAAAAGUAGAAAUAUUAUGGAUGUUUUGCGUAUAAGUUUUGAUCAGCUGGAUGAAGGAGACAAAGAAAUAUUUUUGGAUAUUGCUUGCUUCUUCUGGGGUGGUUGUGAAGCAGAAAAUGUGAAUGAAGUUUUAAAUUUCCGAGGAUUUCAUCCAGAAUAUGGCAUACAAGUUCUGGUUGAUAAAUCACUCGUAACUAUUGAUAAUUAUGGGUGGAUUAAUAUGCAUAGGUUGUUGAGUGAUUUAGGCAAGUGUAUUGUACGAGAAAAAUCACCUAAGGAGCCUAUAAAGCGGAGUAGGUUGUGGGAUUUCCAAGAUCUCCACAAUGCCUUGUUAGACAAUCAGGCAACUGAAAACCUUGAAGCUAUCGUUGUUUCAGGCGAUGAGUUCAAUAAGCCUAUUAAAACGACAAUGAUGGCAGAUGGUCUAUCAAAAAUUAAGCACCUUAAGUUGCUUUAUCUUGAGAACUUGAACUUCUCAGGAAGUCUCGUUCAUCUAUCGAAUGAACUAGGGUAUCUUACUUGGACACAAUAUCCUUUUGAAUGUUUGCCUCCAAGUUUUCAACCAGAUAAACUUGUAGAGUUAAAUCUUGGUGGGAGCAACAUUCAACGACUAUGGACAGGCAAAAAGCCUCUGCACAAUUUGAAACGUUUGAAUCUCUCUUUCUCCAAAAAUCUUGUUGAGAUGCCAGAUCUUGGAGACGCCCUAAAUCUUGAACGGCUAGAUCUUGUAGGAUGUAUACAGCUCAAGAAAAUCAAUCCAUCCGUUGGCCUUCUGAGAAAGCUUGCUGUUUUGAAUUUGACAAACUGCAUAAACCUAGUAAGCUUACCCAAGAACCUAUUGGGCCUGACUUCUCUUGAAUAUCUGAGUGUCUCUGGAUGUUCAAAACUGUAUAAUAAUCAGUUAUUAGAUGAACGAAGGAAUGGAGAUCAUUUGAAGAAGCUUUGUUUAGUUGAAGCUCUUUUCCAUUCCGAGACAAAAUCCUCUCUCAUAAAAAAAAUGGUUUCGUGGCCUUUGGAUUUGUUGUAUUCCAGAGCACAGAGAGAGCCAGUUAGCUGUUUAACACCUUCCUCUCCUACUCUGCCUUGUUUGCGUGAACUUGAUCUAAGUUUCAGUAACUUAGUUCAUAUCCCUGAUGCCAUUGGAAAGUUACAUUGCUUAGAAAGGCUAAAUUUAAAGGGAAACAAUUUUGUUACGCUUCCCAGCCUCAAGGACCUUUUCAGACUCUAUAGUUUAAACUUACAGCAUUGCACGCGGUUGAAAUAUUGUCCUGAUCUCCCUUCACGAAUUGACUUGUCCUCAAAACGUUACAGUCAGUUAUUGCCAUUUGAUCCCAUUGUAUUUUUACAUCAACGCGACGAAAUUAGGGGAGGAUUAAGCAUUUUCAACUGUCCUGAAUUAGUUGAUAGGGAACGGUGCACUAGCAUGGGUUUUUCAUGGAUGAUAAAAUUUGUUCAGGCGAGCCACCAAUGCAGAUGUCUUCCAUUUAGUCCAUUCGGUGCAAAUGUUGAGAGUAUUAUCCCUGGAAAUGAAAUACCGAGGUGGUUUAACAAUGAGCAUGUGAGCAUUGACAAUUCAAUAAUCAUCGAUGCAUCUUCUGUAGCGCAGGACAAUUAUUGGAUUGGAGUUGUGUGUUGUGUUAUAUUCCAGAUACGGAAAAUGACUUCUCCAACAACAGCACCACUUUCCGGUGAUACAAUUCCAGUGGAUGUCAGAAGAGAUCUAUUGAUGGACGAAUCAGAUCACAUGUGGUUAUUCUAUUUCAGUCGGCAAGCGUUCAUUAAAGGAUGCAACGGCAGGGGCAUACCUAAUAUUGAUGGCUUGAAAAUGAAAAUUAAAAUAAGGGACAUGGAAGAUUCUCGUGAUUUAUGUGUAGAAUGGGGGAACGAGGAAGAGAAUUUUUUUCCGGAAUUCUGGCAAAUGGAUAAGAAAGUUUUUCCGGUUGAAGUGAAGAAAUACGGGUACCGUUGGGUAUCUGAACAAGAUCUAAAACUAUCAAAUGCGACAAUGAUGUAUGGUGGAAAUUUGACAACUCGAAAGCGCAAGUUUUUGGCAAUGGAAGAAAACAAGUAG